AAGUUUAAUUGUACUCGCAUUGCUGUCCACAAGCGUACAGGGUGCUGUCAAUUCUAGUAAUAUAAUUAUGGGCGAUAUCAUAAAGCCGCAAGCUAUUUUUAACGUAACAGUUUUAAACAUUUAUAUAAAUGGUACAACGGAGCAGCAGCAGCAGCAGCAGUCAGUAGAGUGGCCAGUUAAGGAAUAUUUUCUUGUCAAACAUACUAAGCUCGAUUGGUAUGGCGCCGCUUAUUAUUGCAAACACGCAGACGCACGUCUGGUGCAAAUUGAGUCAAAUGAAGAAAAGAGAAAACUUAAAGAAUUUUUAAAGCAAAACAAAGCUGCUACUAAGAGUUAUUGGACCGCCGGCAACACUAUAGAGGACUCAUACUUCUGGCGUUGGGGCAUUGGUGGCGUACAAAUAACCUUUACAGACUGGGCGAAAUCAGAGCCGCAAAUAAAAGGGGACGAAGCAUGUCUACUCUUGAAGGAGCAGAGUCUGCAAUGGUCAGCUGUUAAUUGCACUACAACAAACUAUGCAAUCUGUGAGCGCAAAACCGAUAGGCAACGAACGAUUAUUGGAAGAAUUUUGACACAGUUGCGAGGCUUAGAAGCAAAUCAAAUAAAUGUCUAUUGACUUUUUAAAAAAAAAU